GGCAAUACGAGAGUACCUCAUCCAUUACGCUUGGGGGGGCUUCCGCUUCACCCAACUCAAAAUAGGCGGAGAAGAAUACGUGCAUCAUCCCAACUCCAAAUUCUCGUGAGAGAUGGAGGCUGGAAGGAGGCUCCUCGCUUCACCCCCACCCAAUCCCACAAGAACCCAUGUUAGAAAUCGCUUCCCCACUUCGGUUCCAAUGCUACAUGAUCAAGCAAGUUGGACAAAUAUCUCUGUGCCAACUACAUCUAUAGUUUGUCAUUUUCCUAUGUCAGUUCUUUCACAGGAACAACGUGAUGAUUAUAAAACCAACUAUAUCAGCAAGGAAGAACAAAAUGUCCAGGAUGACCGGCAAGUUGAGAGUGGAAGAUCAUGUUUUGAAGAGAAGGCAAAGUGUGAAGUUGCCCAAUGUCUGAGAUACUUCGAACACCAAUUGCUUUAUCAUCAGGUUUUCUGGUAUCCAUUUCUGUCUCUGUACACCGAGGAGAAGACUCCAUUAGCAAUGUCCACAGAACCCAUAAAAAGUGAUCACAAAUUAGUACAGUUGGAGAAUUGUGCAGAUUUUGUGAGGCCAGCAGAUGUUCUUGCCCUUGCAAAAAGAGCCAUGAGAGCCUCAAGAAAAGCAGCAUCAUUAAUGGAAGAGUCCAACAUCUUAGCAGCUGAAUUUGAUGAAUCACAUUUUCUUGGUUUGAACCACAGAGGAUCCACAAUGGAUAUUUCCAUCAAAGAGGAAGUGGUUGUUAGAUCAAAACGAUUAUUGGAGAGGCGGUCUAAGAAACGCAAGGUUGGGAAGAACUCAAAAAAUGUUGCCUGUGAGGUUUCUAAGUCGAUGACCACAGGCAUGAACAAAAAGAUAGAUAAGGGUCUUGAUCCAAAUGACCCCCUCAGAUUGUUCUUGUGGGGUCCUGAGACAAAGCAACUAUUAACAGUCAAAGAAGAAAAGGAUCUAUUUGUUCAGAUACAGGAUCUUAUGAGAUUGGAAGAAGUUCAACAGAGACUUCGGUUGCAAUUUGAUCGUGAACCAACACUAUCUGAGUGGGCUCAAGCUGUUGGAAUGAGUUGCCAAGCUUUGCAAUGUUGCCUUUCGUCCGGAAAACGUAGUCGAGAGAAGAUGAUUAAUGCUAAUUUACGUCUUGUGGUACAUGUGGCUAAACAGUAUGAAGGGAAGGGCCUAAAUAUUCUGGAUCUACUGCAGGAGGGAAGCAGGGGCCUUAUGAAGAGCUUGGAGAAGUUCAAGCCAAAAGUUGGAUGCAGAUUUUCAACCUAUGCAUAUUGGUGGAUACGGCAAUCAAUUAGGAAGGCCAUAUUUUUGAACUCACGGGUCAUUCGUUUGCCGGAGAAUGUGUUUGGACUUUUGAAUAGUAUAAAGAAAGCAAGGAGAUUAUUCAUUCAAGAAGGCCAUGCCCCAACAAAUGAAGAGAUAGCAAAACAGGUUGGCAUCAGUGUUGAGAGGUUGAAAGUUCUGUUGCUAACCACUAGAAACCCAAUCUCAAUUCAGGAAUGUGCUUGGACAGAUCAAGAUGUCACUUUUCAGGAGAUCACAGGAGAUCCUGAGGUAGAAACUCCAGACCUCAGCAUGGCUAAACAGAUGAUGAGGCAGCAUGUACGUGGUCUUCUUAGGAUUCUCAAACCUAGGGAAAGGCAAAUAAUUCAAUACCGUUUUGGAAUCCCUAACAACGAGCCGAAAUCACUUACAGAGAUUGGUGUAAUGUUCGGCCUGUCAAAGGAAAGGGUAAGACAGCUAGAAAGCCGGGCAUUGGACAAGUUGAAGGACUGCCGUCCGAGCCAUGGGCUGGGGGCAUAUCUAGAAUUGCUACUCUAGGUUCUCAUUACCGCACAUAUCUGGAAAUUGUUUUAUCUGCACCAAUUAGCUUCAUAGAUAUCUGUAACUGACUGUACAUACAUACUAAUUCCUUCGUAAGUCUCACAAGCUCAAUAAUGAAAGGAAUUCUUAUUAUUGGAGUCAAGGAAAGUUGCAUAAAAUAGCUUGAUAUUAUUUCUUGUCUUGUUA